CUAAAUCACAAUUACCCUGUAGGUGACCCAUGACCGCCGAAAGGGAACGAUGUGUGAAGCUCCUUUUGCCGUUUUGUGACGCCCGGGAGCUGGUGUGCAUCGAGGCGAGCUCCAAAGUACAGCAUGAGUGGGUCGAGAAGGCAGACCUUUGGGAAGCCCUGUGCAAGGCCUACACAGCUGACCCUGGUGAGUGGAGAACUCAACGGGGAAGGAAAGUGGAUUGGCCUUCUAAAGAUGGUGACACAGGCAAAGAUUGGUUUUCGAGGCUUUAUUACGUGCACACGUUGAUUACCAAGCAUGAUGCGGUCAUGUGCGACAAGUGCGGCGAGUGGGGUGCUACGGACCUCGACUUCUUUGAAUGUGAACAAUGCCAAGGGACCUGGUGUGAUGGCUGCGCUGAACGCGGGCCUGACAAAAGAUUUGUGCCUUGCAACAGGUGCCCAGAUUUCUCUCAAACCAUUUGCUUUGAAUGCUUCGCAGAUGGUAAGACGGAGCGUUGCGAAUGUUCAGGUACUGACAGCUGGCACAGCUGUUGUGGCCGCCAUGCUUUCAGCUGCGAACGCUGCGAUACUACGUUGUGCGAUGGUUGUGCUGACCAUCACGACUGCCCAGUACAGUCAGAACAGGAAGAAGACGAAUAGAAUGAUGACGAGGAUGACAAGAAAGAUGAGCAGAAGAAAGGAUGACCAAGAAUGACUUCAGACCCCAUCUGACACCUGAUAGUCAUGCCUUUGCACGAGGAUGACAAAGCUGCGUCGAAU